AUGGCUCAAGUUGCUGCUCAAGCCGCUGAUAUCGCCGAAGUCGCCGAAGUGGCUCCAUUAAUGAAAGUUCUCACUCACUAUACUCAAUGUAACACAGAGGAAGUGGUUCACCAACACCGAAUUCAGAGAAUGUGGUAUGCUCUCAAAGAGGUUCUGGACGAGAAAAAUACCGAGACCGUUAUCAUGAUCAAUAACGAAUCGGAUCGUCCAGACAUCGAAGACCUUCUCGCCGAAACUUCGGAAGACUUUGUAGACAAGGACAUCAAAAUUGUUCAUUUCGACUCGAUUCUCGAGGAUGUCAACAAGCAGUUGAAAGGAUUCUACUUGGCAUUUGAGUUCCCUGCAAAGAUCUCUCUCCUCGGAAAACUAUUGGCCACCGCAUUUGAGAAGAGCACUGCGAUCAACUCCACCGUGCAGUUCGGUUUCAUUUGCACCAACAGAGAGAAAAUGAACUAUCUCAAAGCUCUUGGAAUGGAACAGGCUAAAUACGGAAACGAGAUCAGCAACUUCAUGAGACCGGAGAAACUUCAAGCAAUCGAAGAUUACGAGAAGCUUCGAGAGGAAAUGAAGGCUCGCUUCAAACCGGACUACAUGACAGUUGAGGACAUCAAGAACAUCAAGCCGAACGCCAAUGGACACUACGUUUAUCCAGAAAAGAUGAUCACUGGGCCAACCGAGUCUGACUAUGAGGAUGAUGACUACUUUGAUGAGAGAGAGUCUUGUGAGGGAGACUACAACUACUCCGAUAUGGAAGCGUGCUGGGAUGACGAUUACGAGGAGGAAUACUAA